UGACUUUAGCAGUCUAGGCAUCCCCGUGACGUGCAUAGAUAGGCAAGACAUCGUUGCCGACGAGGGAGAGACAGAGAAAAGAGGGACGGAUCGCGAUGCAGAAGGCUCGGAGUCUUCGGCAAUUGGUCAGCACAUGCUUCUUGGGCAGUGCCGCCGACGCUUCACUAUCUUCAGGCCCAGGGGGACGACGCCUGUUUAGCCAACCGUCGGAAUCUUCUGUUUGGAGCUUCGGUGAUGGGAGCCAUGGGGCUCUUGGCUUGCCCCUUCUCGUGGGCAGCGACGUCUACGAGCCCACUAGGGUUCCCGACCUUCCCUCCGACGUCCGCGCCGUCUGCGCCGGCCAUUACCAUUCUCUUGCCGUCACCUCCGCAGGUGAAAUCUGGGCGUGGGGUCGGAAUGAUGAAGGUCAACUUGGCAGGGGACAACUUCUUGAUUCCAGGGAUGAAUGGAGCCGGCCUGGGAGAGUACAGGGGCUAGAUCACGUCAGAGUGAGGAGUGCGUUUGCAUCUGGUGUUGUUUCAAUGGCGGUUGGUGACGAUGGCUCGUUGUGGGCCUGGGGGAGAUCGAAACGCGGACAGCUUGGGCUCGGCAGAGGAAUCCUAGAGGUUCGGUUACCUACCAAGGUUGAAGCACUAGCAGGGGAAGAAGUGGCUAAGGUAGGACUCGGAUGGGGCCACGCUCUGGCGCAGACCAAAGAUGGAAAGUUGUACGGAUGGGGCUACUCAGCAGAGGGAAGGUUGGGAAAACUUGGAGAAAAUUUGGAGCCCACUCGGCCUUCGUAUUCUGAUUAUACAGAAGUUGGCAAGACAGCUAGCGCGUGCAGUGAUUCAGCGCUAAACAUCGCAGCUAAGAUGGUGGCAGAGGACAUUGAGAAAGAGAAGAACAUGCCUAUUGUUUGGGAGCCUUGCCAGGUGCCUGAAUUACAUGGACUGAACGUUAUGGAUGUAGCUUGUGGGCAUGAUCAUUCUUUAGUCCUCUGUUGCACUGGUCUUCUGCUAAGUGGAGGAAGCAACGUAUACAAUCAGCUGGGCAGAGUUCCUGCUCAAAUCCAGUCACUGCAGCCGAUCGACUUAGAAUACAGGCCUUAUGCUGUAUCCUGUGGUCUAGGACAUUCUCUCGCAUUAUGUUUGAAUCCCUCGUGUGCAAUUGCAGAUGCAACUCCCAGCUUAUUUUCAUGGGGAUGGAAUCUCACUUCUCAACUUGGUCGAGGGGGUAGGGAGGACAUGCCGUCUAUGGUGGAAGCCUUAAAGGGAAAGAAAAUUAAGAGAGCUUGUGGUGGCCGUGUGCAUUCUGUUGCUGUGAGUUCUCAAGGGGAGAUCUUCUCAUGGGGCUCAGGGCGAAAUGGCAGGUUAGGGUUAGGAAGCUCAGCAGAUGAGCCAGAACCCACCAUCAUAGAAGCUUUGCAGGGUUUGGAGGUUUUGGAAGCAGUUUGCGGUCAUGAUCAUAACCUGGUUCUGGUUGCUGAAUGAUAAGCAACCGCAGAGAUGGUGAAGUUACACAAGCAUAGUUAGAGCAUUACACAGACAUAGAGUCCUUCAUCGGUCCGAUCAUCUACUGUAAGUUGUUUUGUCUCACAGCGAGAAUUCAGGAACCUGAAUUUGGA